AUGGUUAGUGAGGAGAGUUUUUCAGUGUUGGUGCACUAUAGAGGGUCGAUUAAGAAAAAAAUACAUUCUGCCAUUAAGUUUACUAAUAAGGAUCCCCUCAGUAUUUUUCUAAAACCUACAACAAGCUUCGCUAAGUUUCUGAAUUCUAUAAUACAGAAAUUGGGGUUGCAAGGCGUGAAACGGAUUGAGAAGUUAUUCUAUCACAUUCCGAUUUCAGUUUUGAGAGAUGAUGUGAAAUACGAUUCGUUUGUCAUAGGGAGUGAUGAGGAUUUGGAGGUUCUGUUCCAUUGUCGUCGGCAGCUCCCCGAGGUCAGGACACUUGAACUAUUGGCAAAGCUUGUAGAUGUGGUCUCUAGCUCAGGUGGUUCGAACCGGAAUACCCAAACUUCAGCAACGGCAGCCUGCUCUAGUUUGAGACCUGUUGGUGCAUCUUCAUCCAUACCUGUGAUUGCACCUCAGGAAAUGGUGGUUGCCUCCCCGUCCUUUGCAGUUGAUCUCAAUCACAUUGGUGAAGGAGAAGUUGGUAUUAUUGAUAGGACGCCAGUUUCAUUACAGCAUGGGGCACCGGAUGGUAUAGACGAUGCAUUGCCGGAUGAUGAUGACGCUGAUGAUGUGGAGUCGGACAUCAUUGCCGAUGAUAGCGGUGAUGACAUAGUAAUCCAGGUGGGACGGGCGGAGCGUCCACCUCAGGAACUCAGCAGUAGCCCCCGCACUUUUCAUCUUUAG